ACCCCACCCUUCGAACCGAAGCGCAUUACUGCUUCACGGCGGAAAUAGGCGGGGUGGUGGUACCUACCCGUGCGGACUCCCAAGAGGUCCUACCACCAGUAAAAUUAUAUAUUUUAUAUCUACAUCAGUUUUUUACACCCUUUUAUAUAUAAAUUGUUUUCAUCCUUUUUGGGCAAUAGUCUGUCAUUCUUUUUUUUCAGUUUCGACUUCCUCAAAAUAGGUUGAAGUAUUUUACCAAGAUUUAAUCAAUCUAUUUCAAAAUAAAAUAUCAUGAUAAAAUAAUUAUUUUUAUUUUUUUCUUAACGCAAAAUUUCCUGACAUAUUAAUAAAUAUAUUAUGAUAACCCUGCUAUUUUCAGUCAUAUUAAAAUUUAAAACAACUCUAAAACUGAGGAAUAAUUAGAUUACAAUUUACAAUUCACUCUAUAAAACUUGUUUCGUAUAAAGGAAAAUCCAAAUCUUGACGUAAUAUCCGUUGCGUCUGCUGAAGCAUGCGCCUUGUCAUUUUCAUUGGUCGGCCAGUCAUAGAUUAAAAUUAAAAUAAUCUGCCAAUAAUCUGGUUGCCGCUCAAUUCUAGUCUGUGAUAAGCCUAUUUUAAUGUGUUAGUGGAUAGUUUCAUGUGCAUUUAAGUGAAAAAAUUAUUGAACAUGAUUAUCAAAGAAUACCGAGUCACACUUCCUCUAACAGUUGAAGAGUAUCAAGUGGCCCAGUUAUACUGCGUGGCGGAGGUCUCCAAAAAUGAAACCGGCGGAGGUGAAGGCAUAGAGGUCAUAAAGAAUGAACCGUUCAAAGAUUAUCCACUGCUCGGUGGAAAAUACUCGUCUGGACAGUACACGUACAAGAUCUACCAUUUGGCGUCCAAAGUUCCGGCCUUCAUCAGGCUACUUGCUCCGAAAGGAUCUCUCGAAGUACACGAAGAAGCGUGGAACGCCUACCCGUACUGUAGAACAGUGCUGACGAAUCCCGGUUACAUGAAAGAAAACUUCGUUAUAUGUAUAGAAUCGCUGCAUUUACCGGACGCCGGCGACCAAUACAAUGUCCACGAGCUGCCGCCUGAGAAACUAAAGACCCGCGAGGUGGUCCCCAUAGACAUUGCGAACGACCCCCUCCCGUCGGCCGACUACAAAUCGGAGACCGACCCGACCAAGUUCAAGUCUACGAAGACCGGCCGCGGACCGCUCGUCGGGCCAAACUGGAAGAACGACGUGAAACCGGUCAUGACGUGCUACAAGCUCGUCACGGCCGAGUUCAAAUGGUUUGGUCUCCAGAAUAAGGUAGAGAAUGUCAUCCAGAAAUCGGAGCGACGAUUGUUCACAAUCUUUCACAGACAAGUGUUCUGUUCGAUGGACGACUGGUACGGAAUGACGAUGGCCGACAUCCGAGCUAUCGAGGAUCGCACCAAGGAGGAGUUGGAGAAGCUGCGGCGCGAGGGAGAGGUGCGCGGCAUGCGGGCCGACAACGAGUAGAUAGACGCACGGCGCCCGCACCGCACCGCACACACACGAGAGCUGAUUGAAUUAUGAAUUCAACUUGGUUACUUAGGUACGUUGACUAAAUAUUCCUGUGAGUAUAGUACAUUAUAUUAAUGAGGUCUAUAAAACCAAAACGCAGCUAAAUCCAAUUCUGUCAAAUAUUCAGGUAAACUACAAAAAACGUCCUAAACACGUCAUUACGGAUCCUCCAGAGCCACCGAAGUACUGCUCUUGCUAGGGCCAGUGUUAGGUUUGAGCCCCGUGAGCUCACUUACACGUCAAGGAGUAGCUGAAAUAACUUUGUUCGGAUAGCUACGAUAUUCUAUAUUUUAAAACAGAUUUAUGACAAUAUUACUAAUAAUCUGAAUUUUAAAUGAUAAAACUUCGUUUAUAUUUGAGUGCAGAGUAAAAAUAAAAUUUUUGAACUGAAUUCGCUAGAGAUUUAACUGCAUUUGUUAUAACAUAAAAACACUAAAGCGCGUCCAACUAACUAAACUAGAUGGCGCCAUAAUUAAUUCAUUUUGCGACUUUAAAGGCGUUUAGCGGCUUUUGAUUUUAUAGGCCUCAUUUUAUUAGGUUUUCGCGAGUCCCACACGAGAUUAAAAACACUUUUACGGUUUAACUCGAGCUCGUACUGUACGUGCGUGUCGGUCGGGCAAAUCUCGCUAUCUCUCUCUGUAAAGCGAACGUUAGAAAAGGAUGAACGAUUAGGUAAAGUUUCACACCGCCCUGCGAUGUUUUAGUACAAAUUUAUUUAUGCUUAUUGGUGGUAGGACCUAUUGUAAGUCCGCACGGGUAGGUACCACCACCCCGUCUAUUUCUGCCGUGAAGCAGUAAUGCGUUUCGGUUCGUAGGGUGGGGCAGCCGUUGUAACUAUACUGAGACCUUAGAACUUAUAUCUCAAGGCGUGUGGCGCAUUUACGUUGUAGAUGUCUAUGGGCUCGAGUAACCACUUAACACCAGGUGGGCUGUGAGUUCGCCCACAAAUCUAAGCAAUAAAAAAAGAAAUGCACCCGAAUUUAAGAGUGCAAAACUGUAUGAUUACUAUUUUCGACUAAGGCAGAAGGUGAGACAAGAAUCAACUUGAAUCGAUUUAGUUACGCCGGUGAAAUAGAGAAAGAGAGAGAGAGAUAGAGAUAGAAAAAUGUCCGAUCAGAAUUGAAAACAUUAACUUUAAAUUUUUAAGGGCGAGAUUACACCGUGUAAGUGUUUUUAAUGACUGUAAACAUAGUUUUUGAAACUAUUAUUAGUUGGAUGUUAAAACGUUUAGUGGGAUAUUUUCCCUUUGAAAAGCAAUAAAAAUUUAUCGAGUUCCGCACUCGGUACGCAUAUUUUCACGUUCAUAUUUAUGCCCGAGCUUCGAAUUCUCGAGAUUGUUUUCUGACAAAUGAAAAUAAUUCACGUCUCAAUUGGAAUUAUGUUGAAAAAUAUUCAAAAUUUAUUUUGGCUUACAAAACAAUAAGAUGCCACUGUGUGUACUAUAUAUAUAGUUAUUGUUUAAACGUUUUUACUCGACCGAUUCAAUUCGUAAUACAAUAAGUCGAGAAAAAGGCGAUACAAAAGGAAUUCGUCGAUAUGUGAUGCUUGGGCAUAGAUUACCAUUAGGUAAAUAAUAAUUAUUAUUAAAGUGCGGCGUAGUUAAUAUAAUAAAUAACCAUUAAGUGAAUGUAGUCAGUGGUUGUUUUCAGGUAGUGUUGUCGUUACCUUAUUACUGAUUAACACAAUUCGAUAUAAAUCUUUGACAAUUACUUAUUAGAAAAUCGAUUGGUGAAUAAAUAUAGUAUAAAAGCAUUUUAUGUCAACGGAAACUAUAAAUUUUCAGUUUAACUAUUAACAUAAUAUAUUUUGUUAAGUUGAAAGGUUCGAAAGAACCAUUUGGGCUGUUGUGUAUUUAUAUUAAUUGAUAGUAGGUAAAUUAAUUGAAAAGAAAGUAAAUAUUGUAAGUAUCUUUGCGCAAUAGUAUAUCCUAGUUUGGUCGAGAGUGGUUCUAUGUGAAAUAAAAUAUUAUUGGUGCAGAAAUAUGUUUUAAUAAUAGCAAAUUAUGUGAAGUGGAAUUUUGGUUUAUUGAUAACUUUGGUGUUGCAAGACGAAUAUUUAACUUAACUGUGGUUUAAAAGGUCAUUGGGACGUUCUUUGGUAAAUUAAUUGUAAUUCGUAAAUUGGGAUGUGGUUCAAUUUGCAACACCGUACCAUAAUGGCAUGUAUAUUUUUUUUUUAUGAAAUAAGUUUCUUUUAACGAAUCAGUAUUUUAAAAUAUUGUGUGACAUUCCAAACUGUGCCGGUUGUCGUUCGAGCAUUUCCUAGUUUGAUUUGCCGAUUGUUUUUCUCCUCAUACAAAAUGGCUCUCUGAAAUAAGUGCAGUACCUAAUAUAAAUAACCACUUUGUAUCAUUGUGUAUUGUUCAAGAAAAUAAACAAAGCAAAAUUUACAAUUUUUAAAACAUAUGUAAUGUUUAUUUAUUAAUGUUAUUUCAGUCUUCAUAGCCAUGUAUUUACAGUCUUAAAUAAGGCUAUUCAAAGCUCUUGAAAAUUUUACGAAAGUAUUUCUUUGAAAAUUAUAGUAAAAAACAUUAAGUUCCUUUCGUAAUUUUCAGGAGCUUUAAAUAACGUUUUGUAUUUGCUUAAUAAUGCACUAUGUUUCAAGUAUUUUUUACUUAUGUUGUUAUAAGUUUUACGUCAAAUAUAAGAUAUGUAUUUGAUUACUUUUUUUUUAUUCUGUUGGCCAUUCGCUUCUAGCUUGUUUAGUGCUUUUGAUGUUUGUUUUAAAUUAACUUGCAAACGAUUUCAAGUAAACUAUGUAUUUUAGACCAAGGUAUAAGAAAAAUUCCGAUAGCAAUAUUAUCUAGACGGAAAUAAUGUGCCCUACCUACCAUACAGUCAGUACAUGAAUAGUAAAAUGUACAUAUUAUUUCAAGUUUAUUUGCUUUUGUUGCUAUUGCAGUUACCAAAUGAAUGUACACGUAAUUAUUAUUUUUUUGCUUCCAUUAAGUUUAAAUAAAUUUCGCAUGUUUACUAAUCCCAAGAGAUACAUUUUACUAAGUAAGAAUUGCUGUUUCACUGUUCUAAGAUAGACAUCCGUAGGAAAUUUGCGUCAAAUAGUGUUUUAAUAGCUAAAAUUGUCAAUUUUUAAAUGUUUAGCUAAUUUAAAGAUUUGCAUUUAAAAUUAAUAAAAAAUAUAUAUUGUACCUAUUAAUAAUAUUUGUUGUAAAAUGUAACUAUCGAUUUGAUGCCAAUAUGAAUAAAAGUAACUUAAUCUGU